AUGGUACCAGAGCUGAUUAAGAAUCACCAACACGCAGCAGGGCAUAGGGGCUACCGACGCGACAAGCAAACCAUACAGCCAAGUUUAGCGAGUAUUCCUCACUUCGACUUACUAAAGAUAAAUGAAGCUUUGGGCUCCGUUGAUUGUCUUGAACCGCUCUCUGAUGGGGAUACUCAGCGUUUUGUAACACUUAGGAAAGAUGGAUUUAAAUUUAUUUCUCCUGAAGUAAACGUCGUCUUGCUGCGAGGCACAACCGUGGAAUAUAUUUUAGAAGAACUGGAUAAUGCUGUCAAUCUUCUUCCCCAUCUAAUAGCUCUCGUGUAUACUGGAGCUAUUUGCCAGUCCACUGGUUAUUGGGUCCUCUCUAAUUCCGUACUAAAGCCAGAUUACGUGACCGAAAGGAUUUCUUUGAUUUCUGGAAAACUUUAUCAAUCACUGGCUGAUACGACAAAGGAGUCUAUGCCUCCAGUGAGCCUCCAUAUCGCCUGUUCGAGCUUGCCUUCCGGUGGUGAAUGGCGUCAUGUUUUGUCAAGUCGUCUUCCAUCCGCCAUAGCCGGCCGUCCUCUCCACGUCACUGUUAAUCGACUGCAUACGCCUACUAAAAAGGCACCUGUGGGGAUUUCUGCCAAGCCCGAACUUGCUCCUUUACCCGCCGACCUUUCCGGUGUAGAGGCUUUCUGUCAACGUCUGGAACCGAUGAUACCGACGCCAGUGCCACCAGCAGUUUGCCAGCCAGCAGCUAAAACAAACGGCUGCUCCAUUCGCAUCCAACGACCCUGUCUCUACAUCUUUCCUGAGGGUUCGGGCCAGUCGGCUAUCUUUGCACUACCCGGGUUCAUUCUAAUGGUCAACGCGGGAUGUUCGUGGGAGCCCAAGUGCUGGAAGAUGGCUCAACAUCUGGAGAAUAUCGACGCCAUUUUGCACACACAUUGGGGGGCUGAAAACACCUUGGGUCUGGCUUCCCUCCUGCCCGCUCUCAUGGCCUCUUCCGAUAGCACUUCUCUUCUGCCCAAAGUCACUUGUCUCCUGACUCCGCCACCUGGCUACAUGAUAUCUCAGCCACCACCACCGACAACAAUGGCUCUCACGGACCCUCUAGUAUUGAAUGUGGCCAAGGUGAUGGGCGACCUGGCGCUUGCGAUGAAGCCUGCCAUUGCAGACUCGCGUCUCAUCACGAUGGAGGUCAACCGAGGUGCUAAGAUGGCUGCGGUACCGAAACCACUGCCUCUCUACUACAGAGCAGGAUUCGGUAGCCUCGAGCUGUACCCACUCACCCCAACUGAAGAGGACCAGGCAGAUGUGAAAAAAUUGGCCGAAAUGUGGGUGAAAUCUGCUUCCAGCAUGGCUGCAGCGCUUGCUACUGCUGCUAAGGGCCCGAUCACUGCACCCAAACAGACUGGUAUCCCACUCGCGUCACAGCUGAGCAUCUCAGCUCUCCUAAUCUGGAAACCAUCUCGAAAGUCGGACCGCCUUCUUCGCGUCCUCUUUGUGGCACCGAAUGCACACCAACUUCGCGUUCUUACAGCCCUGGAAGCUUUGCAUGUUGGAGUGCCUUACAUUCAUCAUGCUGAGCCUUACACUGUUCCCUCAACCACGACACCUGGUGUGGCACGCAGAGUAGCUUCUGCUCGACCCGCUGCCGCCGCACCGAGGGCCGCUCCGCAUGCUCCAAAGUCGGCCAUCACGUCCAAAGCACCGACUAAACUGGCACCAAAAGUGGAGGCCCGUCAGCUAAAGAGCGCACCACCGCCAUCGCACAAACCAACUUCAAUGUUGACGAAGACAGUUCCUCCAUUGAAGGCCAAGGAGGUGGUGAAAGAGAAAAAGAAAAAAGAGGAGAAAGAAAAGAAUGAGACACCCGCUGAAAUAGUAGCAGAGAUCACACCACCUGUGGAACCGACACCGGAAGUAGAUCAUCAAUCGCCAACUCCUGAGGUGAUGAAGGGGAUGAACGGAGGGGACGGAGUAGCGACGUCUCCCGUCAAGUCGAUGGAUGAGAACCAUCUGUUUGAUGGCGAGCAGCAAGCUGUCAUGGAACCCGGAGCAGAACCCUUGGAUCCUCUCCAUGAUUGGGGCCAGCCUCAAGCUAUGCCGGCUCCCACCAGUGCUCCAGCGAAGGGUGUGAGACAGACAGGUGCAAAAUCGGCGUCCCCAGGCGUGGCACACCCAGAGGGCUACUACGAGGCCUCUAUGGGCUUUUCUAAGGGUCUCUACGAAAAACUGGCAAAACGGACUUUUGUGGAUGUUGCAUUUCUACCAGGAGGUGGGGAUGUUAGUCUUGUAGAUGCAGAAUUCUUCAAACGCGUUCUCGCUCGCUACUAUGUUGCUACUACUGUGGCUCCUACUGCUGAUCUACUUAAAGCUCUUGCUGUUGGCAAGGCGACUUGGCACGGUGACAAAGCAACAGCGGUUGGUGGUAAUCAUGAGGUUUCACUCAUUUUGUCGCACGACACCCCUGGCCUAUUGGAAUGGGCUUCAUUAAAUGAGAAACGCCUGACAGAUGACGAUAUUGACCUCCUGACAGUUGCUGAGCGUUCAACUAUCCAAUUGGUGACUGCAGAAAGUGCUGCUGGUGGUGAUAGAAAUGCCAACGAUCUCUCCUGCCCCGGCUUCCAAGCCAAGAACCAGUUCUUUGCCACCGCCAACUUCCAUUUUACCCUCACCUUGCAAAUGUCUAAUUCACGUGAUUUGUAUGAGCUUCUGAAGCCACUGAAAGGUGAGGAUCACUUGAGGCAUUACUGUCAUUGCGACAUGGAGGGUAAGGAUGUGGCGGUCCCUUCCUUCUUUACCGCUACAAUGAGUCGUAGAACGCUACCAACACACCAGUUAGGCGUAAAUACACCCAAUGAAACAGAUGAAGACAAUCCUACAAAUGACUUUCCCGAAUCCCAAGCCCAUCAUACGGAUGCGAUGUCGACCAGUGACAAGGCCAAAUCCAACAACCAAACAUGUACCUUUGUGCAUCAGGCUAAAAAGUUAUGGCCUCUCUUCAAUGAGGAGGAGAAGGAAAAACUUUUGCGAAGGGAGGAGGAGGAUUGCAAACACCGUCUCCAAAUGACGGUGAAGGGCGUCGCGCGUAUCAGCUGUUAUCGAUUGAUGAUGAGCGCAGAGACGCGCCGCUUUGGUUGCGUGCCCGUGCAUGAACCACUGACCCCGCGUCAUCUUCGAAGGAGCCCAUUCGCAUCGCCAGCUAGUGGUUCGUCUGUUCAACGAAUACUUGACAAUCAGCGCUCUGACCCUUCGACUGGUCUACGUGGACGCAAUGUUACCUCAAGCCCUCUUUACCCCCCUUCCGCAUUCAACUCUCCAAGGUUCAACGAUUCGAUGGGUAGCUUUGAGGAGAUUCGUGAAAAGCUGGUUCAAGCAAAUCUACUGGCGGAACGAGCUAACACCUUGCUUAAGGAGCGUCGCAGUAACGUGCAGUAUCACGUCUCCCUUCAAGUGCCAAUUCACUGUCUCAAUCAAGCGAAACGAGCGCAUCGUCAGCUUCAAUGCGAGCCUGUCAUCGAAUUACACCGUGGAGGUGUUCGAGAGAGAUCAAUGAGUCUUGCUCGAAUGCAGCACAACCUCAGGGAACUUGAAUCAAACCAAGGAGAGAAUGAGGACAGUGGUGUCUCAGUCAGUGGUUCUUCCGAUCAUACCAGUGAAGUGAGAAGAUUACCCAUAAGACAACAAGAGUUGUGUGCAAAAAACGGCGAUCUUGUCCUGAUUGGUGUGGCAAAUUUAUACCUCCGAUGUCUGCUAUUCAUCAGCGAAUUCGCCUAUCAAGCCCCAAUUCUCAGCCCACAAGGCGAGGUGUCUGGACGCGUAAGUGUUGAGCUGACAACAGCCAUCUGCUCAGAAGUCUCCAGAUCCCAGCAGCCUGGUGUUUCGGCAGGUGUUUCAGACCUUGUGGAUCGAGAACUCUGCGAUUUUGGAGGAAACGUGUUGGAGGUGCGAGUUACAAUUCAUGGGGCCAUUGGUAUUCCGCAUUCUUUUGCAAAGAUGAUCCUCUGCCACUACCAAAUGCUUGGAGUGGAGGAACCGAUUGUUGUGCUCCCCAAACGUGAGUCGUUUUCAGCCCAGGCGCCACUUCCAGAUCCCACAAUCCGAGAGUACGAACGCGCUGAACGCUGUGUCUUUGAUCACAAACGCACCUUUCAUCUUCCCCUCAAUCGCCAGACUCUCAACAGCCUUGCGGAUUAUGCGCUCUCCAUUGAGGUGUAUGGAAACCUUCAAGAACCAAAAAGCAACACCCUCCUUAGACGUAUAACAACAAAUAGAGUUCAAUCGUAUCUAAACACCAAUCGACAGAUCGCGGAUCAGCAGCUUCAACGGGCUAACAGUCCACCACAGAUACGAACAAUGAAAUUACGUCGCUACAAGUCUGAUCUAGCGGACAAACGGAAACCGUCACUUCAGGGCUCUCAAACAUUAGCCGCUGGUGCUUCUCCCACAAAUGGACUUCCCAAUGAAGUGGCUACACGACUGGCUGAGGAUUGGUUGAGGGUUCAGCGAAGAGUGGAUUUCUGGGUAUCUAUUGAAGAAUUGAUGGAAGAUGGGAAUUUCAAGAAGGUACCCGUAAUCCCCUCCUCAGAUGUCAAAACUGGGGGAAUUUACCAACUUCGUCAGGGGCUGAAUCGACGCAUUCGAGUGCUAAUUCGUCCAAACGAUCUUAGUCGAAGGGAUAGAGGUGUUCUACCUCUGUUUUGUGAAACGGUUUCUAAGGUUUCUGUAGGCUGUGUUACAAGAUCGGUAGCUGAUUUCGAAAACGGGCUGAGCCAUUACCCUAAAAGUCAUAACGCCCCCGACUCCUAUCAAGAAUACGAUCUUGAGACAGUGCGACGCAAGUGGUGCAACGCCAUGGAUGAGUGGCAGUCUUAUCUCCAGAGUAAUUUGCAAGCAUUGGCAAAGAAACGAGAAAAGGAGGCUGCAGAUGAAGCAAAGGAAGGCUAUCUGCUUAACCGUUGGGUCUCAUCAAUCCUGGAGCGAGACGCAAUUCUUGUGCCUGCACCCGGUUCCAAUCUUCCUGGCGCCACGGCCACCGAAAUCCCACCACCGGGCCUUGAACAACACACCCCUCUUGUAUUUGCAGAUCUUGGAGACAGAACAUUUAACAAGCCAUUGAAGGUAGGAGGUCACUCCUAUCUCGAAGGUGAAGAGGCAGCUUUAAAGGAAGGAAAGGCAUUUGUUACUCUCCCAUUAAUCAAGACUUAUGCCACCCUUAUUGGUGCCUUGGCCUCGUGGGACUCCAACUUACAUGAGAGUGACCUUCUCAACAAAAUUACACCCCCAUCAGAGCGGAUCUACCUCAUUGUCAAGGUGCAUAUCCUUGUGAGCAAGCCGACAUUAAUGACAUUGGUGUUGAGGAAGCGGAUAUGUGUACGAAUUUGUAAAAGAAGUGCCCUCUCAAAUCUCUUCAAAAGUCCCUUUUCUCGCAUGGUCUCAAACGAAAAGGAGAUGCUAUGGACAGGAGUGGCUUAUCAGUUUGUGGCUGGAAUACCUCAAAUGGCACCGUACGCACUGAAUUCAUCCACGGUGGAGGUGAAGGAGGAGACCACCUCAGCUGAAUCCUUUGCCGGACAGUACAUGCGAACUAUUCAGUCAGUUAGCAGUGAACUCUACCUGGAUGGCUUGCGACAGGAGGUCGCUCUUCGAGAGGCCCUAGCAACCAAUCAGCAGAAACGUCAACCUUUCGACCUCGAAAAUCUAGGCAUAGCUAACCAUGAAUCCGAUCUAUCCGAGGGAAGUCUCUCGCGAUCUCGUUCCUUUACCGACAAACCCAAACGACUUUUUUGGUUUGAUACCCUACGACAACGCAGUCAGACUCGACGGAAACCCAGUCCCUACUUCAAUCUAUCGAGAAUCCGCAAUAGGACAGACAACUCACCCAUGUCCCCAUUGUUCUUCCAAGGACGUGGUGAAACGAGUCGAGGGAUAUCAUCGGCAGAUUCGGACGGGACGGCGGUUCAACAAUUGGUAGAGGAUCUUCGCACCUCGACCGUAUCAAGGAUGAAUGGCCCCUCGGCUUCGGAGGAACAGAUGGCCUGGAGUCGACGUGAUAGAGAAAAGCAGAGAGGCGCCGAUUAA